AUGUCGUCUGCGCCGCUGGCCGUCCCCGCCUCGCCGUCCUCGUCAAAGCGCUCGAGAAGCAGAGACAGCUCGCGAUCCGCAGCCACGUCUGUCAACACGCCCGCCGCAAGCACCCCCUUCCUGACUCCGUCCGCCAGUGCUCCAAGCCUGAUCAUCCCACAACCCAAGUCCCAGGCGCCGUCCAUAGUAGAGCCCUCUCCGCUCGACGCAACCCCAUAUCCCGCAUUUCUGCGAUUGACUCGAUCAGGCAGUGUAGAACGGCAGAGCAAGUUCGUCGAUCUCGAGUGGGAACAGCGAAGAAGGCUAUUAUCCGGUAACCAACAGAUCGAACCGGACCAAACGUCGCAAUGGGCACGAUGCGGUGGAGAAGUGGUCACAAAUCGCAACCGAUAUGCAAACGUCGAUCCAUACUGCAAUAACCGGGUCAAGCUGAAGGUUCCUGAGGGCCAUAACGACUACAUCAAUGCUUCCCCGAUUGUCCUGGAGGCCACCCAGUCAAAGACGGUGACGAAGUUUAUAGCUACACAGGGUCCCAAAGGCGAUAGCUUCUCCCACAUCUGGCGCAUGAUAUGGCACGAGACCAAGUCUCCUGCUGUCGUUGUAAUGCUCACACAAACCCAUGAAUCUGGCCGCGAGAAAUGCCAUCCCUAUUACCCGCAAUCUCCCUCCUCUCCUACACUUGCUCUUAACCAGAGUGAUGAGUUCGAAGACGGCUUCGCCCACAUCGUAACCCUUAAAGACCUCACCGUGCAUGAAGAAGCGAGCGCGCAGAUUCGAGAGCUCGAAAUGUCGGAUGAAGACGGGAGUGAGACGCGAACGAUAUGGCAUUUCCUAUUCGGCGGAUGGCCAGACUUCCUUGUACCAGAAGGUUAUAAUCGCACGGCUUUACUCAACCUCAUUAAGCUAUCGAGGGAGAAGAACGCCAAUAAUGCGGAGAAUCCCCGCAUUGUACAUUGUAGCGCGGGUGUGGGUCGAAGUGGAACAUUCAUCGCGCUGGACUGGUUGCUACAAGAGUUGGAAGAGGGUACGUUGGACAAUCUUGAGGACGAUGAGGAUCCAAUCGUUGCAAUUGUGGACAUGUUGCGUCAACAGCGCAUGAUGAUGGUACAGGGAGAGGCCCAGUUCUCCUUCUUGUACGAUGUCAUGCGCGAGCGUUGGCGAGACCGGUGGGCGAAGCUGCAUCCCGAGGAGGCGGAGAAGCUAGGACUUGGUGCGAUCCACGAGCCCAAGCCCAAGAAACCGCGUCCGAGUAAGGAGAGUGAGGUCAGCGAGACAGACGAAGACGAAGACAUGCGAGCACAGCUUGAGGCAGAACUUGUGGACAAUCAGGCUGACUUCGACAAGGGGAAGACCUGA